AUGCUCCGCGACGAGCUACUCCGAUUCAAGAACGAUGAGAUCGUCCGUUGUUUGCAGUCGCGAAAGCGCAAAUUGAGCGAGCUUUACUUUGCGACCGUAGGCUUCGCCGCGGGCGCGACCGAUGAUGCUGCAGCGGAUUCCCUGUAUCGACAAAAAGAACAGGACUUCCUCAACGCCAACGAUCUCUCCAAAGGUCGUCUUUUCAACGAAGCGACCCUCCCGCCUUUACCAAACUAUGUCGCCCUUAUCCCUCACCCCCCAAGAAAUGAUGCAGUCAUCAAAGCACCUGACCAAGGAUUUGAGAAGAGCGUCGCUGCUAUUGAUUCUAUCUCUCAGCCUGACCUUACCGUCUCUGCUCCACCGAUCACGACCGCAGCUUUGAUCCAGGAUGGGACGCCAGACAAAGAAACAGUUCGUGAUGGAAUCUCUGAAACGUCAAAGAUCAAGCCUUCGCCUCAAGCCCCCGCGCCUUUGAGCUCCCAGGAGGUGUCGCCAGACUUGCCCAAAGGAGUCCCAUCUGUUGUCCAGCCCGUUCGCUCACCGAGCCCUGUGCCAAAGGCAAAUAUCGGCGCACCAGGUACUCCCCGCAGCAGCCAGGAUCAAGAACCUGCGACAGUUACCGUAUCCCCGAGCCGUGCGAGAUCGAAGGCUAUCGCCGCUAUUCCUCCGCUCGACACUGGCGAGCUGGUGCCUUCCCAAAAGAAGCAUGAUAAGCGCCCGUCUCUCGUUGUUGGGGCCCACAACUUUUCCGAGCAGCCUCUCUCUCCUGCCUCGUCUGUUGGACCUUAUUCCAACAAUACGCCUGGCCCGAUCGCGGCAUCUCCGGACACAAGCCUGGCCGAGGAAGCAAGCGAAUCGGUGGGAAAAAUUGAGCCUCCUAGUCCGCAGACUCGUCGGCCGGUACCUCCUUCACAAAGCUUGGCUCCCUCGACACCUGAUGAACAGCUUCGAUUGGAGGAAGCACAGUCUUUGCAGCAGAACGGUGUCUUAGCAUCGGCACAGGAGCUGAGUGACAUUACUUAUGAUGCUCCUCCUGCUGCUUCUCCAAGGAGAGCAUCUAUCAGCCCUACAGCAGUCGUCGAUGAUGGCAAAAUGGGUGUUGUUGAGGAACCUGCUAUCUCACCCACAACUUCUGCCGUCAAGGAACCAGAGCAAAAUCACACGGCCGAACCGACUCCGUUAGUUGCUCCGGUCCAAGCUGCGCCUACUCCAGAGGUUCCUUCAUCCUUGCCACCUAGCGGGGUCACCAGAAAAUCUCAGCCAACCUUACCAACUCAACCUGAAAGGAUGACAACGAGAGUGUCAUCUGGUGCUAUCCGCCACAAGUCUGUGUCCGAGAUUCUCGGGGAAGCGCCGAAAACGCCAACAAUCCAUGUUGAUAAAAGCCUCGCGGACAGGUCGACAAACUUGACUCGUAAUGGCUCUUUGGACUUACUUUCACCGCAAGCUACAAGCCCAUCACCCGACUCGGCUGUCAAGCUACGGCUAAAAGAUGGGAAGGGCCGAGACAAGGACAGAAGCAAGCUUUCAGCCGUUGUUUUCCCUCGGCAGCCUACUGAGAAGCCUGACAACAUGGACUUGGUCCGUCAGAAUGCCGGAGAUGUAGUGUUACGGCUGAAUGAGGAGCAGGACUAUCUCUUCACUCUGUUCCAGAACAAGGCUUAUACCCCUCCUCGAGGCACAAGUCUCAGUACGCUUCUUGCCUCAGCUCACAAGACACUUACUUCGAGUAAUCACUUGCUUGAAUAUCAGGAGCAAAUGGACUGUCGAACGCUCCGACGAAUAUAUGCCCUUCAAAAUGCCAAUCGAUGGCCCUUGCGCCAAUUGAAGCGUUCAGCUGAGCCAUCCCGGCAAGGUUCACAUUGGGAUGUCCUUUUGGACCACAUGAAAUGGAUGCGCACAGACUUCCGCGAAGAGCGCAAAUGGAAAUAUGCAGCAGCAAAAAGUUGCGCAGACUGGUGUGCUGAAUACGUCAAUAGUGAUCCCCAACACCGAACAUCGCUUCGCGUACGGGUCCGCCGGAUAACGGAGCUGAAACCCCAGCAGAGCGACAGCAAUGAAUCGAGCAUGUAUACCCCUGAGGAGUUGAGCGAUGAGGUUAUUGUGGUCUCUCAUCCCACGCCGGACCUUGUACCUUCUGGGGAAACCGACUCGGUCAGCGACGGGUUCAAUGACGAACCUCAUGUCAUUCAUGACACAGUUGCGCCCGCCGCUAUCUUCUCACUAGGAUCAGAUGAGUUCACAUUCUCUCUUGAUCUAACUCCUGCAGCUGAGAAGCUCUUGGAUGAACUCCCCAUUUAUGCUCCGGUUCAAAUCGAACCAGCAACCCAACUGCCCUUGUUCAAAACGCUCCCGGACUUCCAUUGGAAGGCAGAAGUGCUACCCGUGUCAAAGUAUGCCUUCGGCAGAAUUCGUUUCCACGAUGACGAGCCUGUUCGGAAACGUAGCAGAUACGACUACUCCCAGUAUGAACCCGAGCGGGAACAUCGCUUGGUCGAACUUGAACCCGAACAAACAAACGUGGCCUUGUUCCGACCUGAAAACAAGCCCAUACGGGAUCGAAUUCAUCCGGGACACACGUUCAGGCCACCGACAGAACACCCGAUGCCCUCAGUGGGAUUCUUCGAAUCGCGUCAGUCAUCGCAGUGGACGUAUUCUGAAGAUGAUGAACUUCGUCGCCUUGUCAAGGAGUACUCAUACAACUGGUCUCUAAUCUCCAGUUGCCUUACACCAUCUUCACUGUUCACCUCCGGAGCAGAGAGGCGUACUCCCUGGGAAUGUUUUGAGCGAUGGAUCGGGUUGGAAGGACUUCCAGCGGACAUGUCGAAGACACAGUAUUUCCGGGCUUACAGCCAGAGGCUUGAAACGGCCCAGAGGACUGUUUUGGCGCAACAACAGGCUGCCCAGCAGCAACAGCAGCAGCAGCAGCAACAACAACAACAACAGCAACAGCAACAGUCGCAGCAAGGGAACAACUCACAGGUCCAGCCUCCAGUGCGUCGCAGAACGACGCAACCGGUUCGCGUCGACCGGCGAAGAUCAUCCAAACACUUGGCAUUGCUGGAUGCUAUGCGUAAGCUGGCAAAAAAGCGCGAGACUAUUUUGCAAAAGCAGCAGCACGCGUCGCACCUAGCUUCCCUGAGGAAGGUGAACGAGGCUAAUCAGCCAAAACCACCUAUCUCAUCUCCAGCCGAAUUCAGUCGCCUUAAGUAUGACCGGGAAUUGAAGCUGCAGGAGAGGCAAGAACAGUACCGACAGCAGAUGAUCGCCCAGCAAAGAGCCAACUUGGCAGCACAACGCGCCGGUCAAAUACCGAACCAACAGCCAAUGAUGAAUGCUCAACCUGGGCGGGCUCCGAAUGGCUUGCCUCACAAUCCUGCAAACCCGGGCAUGCCCAGUGGUAACUCAAAUGGUAUCCAAGCUGCAGUGCCUCCGAAUGUCGGCGUUGCCCAGGGCCGGCCACAGUCCAUGCAAGGCAUGCCCACGAGUGGUCCUGUUAACGGGCCGAUGCCCUCGAAUGCAAUGGCCAUGAAGAUGAUGCCCCAGGCCGCUGUCCAACAAGCCGCUGGGGUGAGGCCGGGAGUACCGAUGCAAGCAUCUCCUGAUAAUGCGCGUGUCAUUCGGGAAGCAAAUCGCCUCCAAGAGCAACAGCGCAUGUUACAAUCGCGUCAGCAGCAACAACAGCAACACCCAUCGCAGCAGCAGCAGCAGCAGCAGCAGCAGCAGCAGCAGCAACCUCAUCCGCAGCCAUCUCAAAACGCACAGCAGCAGUUCCACGGCCAACAGCAAUUUGCUGCGCAGGGAUCUCAUUCGCCGAAUGUCAACAACAUCCCCAAUGUCAACGGGGCGGCGAACAACCCUGCGAUGAUGACCGCUCUUCAGGCAGCUGGGGGCAUGCAGAGCCCGUCUUUCCAUAACACAACUCCGCAGGGUGUCUCGACGCCUUCACCAAGGAUGGCUCAACCCAACGGCCUUCCGAGCAGCGUGACGCCGACGAUCAACAGCCUCCAGGCCCAGCUUCAACGCGCGAACCCCAACAUGCCUCCAGAACAAGUGACGAAGCUGGCUGCUGACCGAUACCAUCAACUCCAGCAGCAACGCAUGACCCAAGCAGCCAUGAAUGCUGCGGCGGGCAACAUCAAUGCUGUCCAAGCGAACUACCAGGUACCCCAUGACGCAAACUUCCAGGCUUCCACCCAACCUGCUAUGGCCAACAGCCCUCCGUCGAUGCAAGUCCCGCAAGCUCAGGGGUUCUCGCCCAUGAUGCGUGUCCCGCAAAACGUCCAGCAGAACCGGGUGGUCGUCACGAGCUCCCCUGCCAUGAACGGCGCAGUCCCUCAGCAGUCCCGGAGUGCAACUCCCCAGGCACAGAGAAGCGGCGGUUCCCAAACAGGGCCGGGUUCCAGCAAGAGCCCUCGUCCUCCACAGGCGCAAACCGCUGGCAGUUAA